CCCCUGGAGCGCCGCGCCCCCCUGGGACCCUUGCGCGCCCCAGGUCCCCAGCAUAACCUCGGGAUCCCCGUGCGCCCCGGAAUCCCGGUACUGCCCCAGGAACCCCGCGCGCCCCUGGACCGAGACGCAGCUCCGGGACCUCCGCGCGCCCCGGGACCCCCGCGCACUCUCAGAACCCCGGGGCUCGGCCAACGGAGCUGCGCGCCCUGGUGAGGGGGCCCCGCCCCAGAGGGUCCCCUUCUUCCAACAGGCGGAGCCCCGCCCCAGAGGGACCCCCAGGUUCGGCAGGGACAUCCAGCCACGCCCCACAGGGCUCCCAGCAUCCCGCGGCUGGAGCCCCGCGCUCCAGAGGAACCUCCGUGCUCAGCUGGGGACUCCCCGCCCCGGGGAGGGGGCGCCGCCCAGGAGGGUCCCCCGCGCCCCGCGGGCCCCGGCAGGAUGCACGCCGCCCUGGCGGGGCCGCUGCUCGCCGCCUUCCUCGCCACCGCCCGCGCCCGCCCGCAGCCCCCGGACGGAGGACAGUGCCGGCCGCCCGGAUCGCAGAGGGACCUGAACUCCUUCCUGUGGACCAUUCGGCGCGAACCCCCGGCCUACCUGUUUGGCACCAUCCACGUCCCUUACACCCGGGUCUGGGACUUCAUCCCAGAUAACUCCAAGGCGGCCUUCCAGGCCAGCGCCCGCGUCUACUUCGAGCUGGACCUGACGGACCCCUACACCAUCUCGGCACUGGCCAGCUGCCAGCUGCUGCCACACGGGGAGAACCUGCAGGACGUGCUGCCUCGCGAGCUCUACUGGCGCCUGAAGCGCCACCUGGACUAUGUGAAGCUGAUGAUGCCCUCGUGGAUGACGCCCGCACAGCGGGGCAAGGGGCUCUACGCCGACUACCUGUUCAACGCCAUCGCCGGCAACUGGGAGCGCAAGAGGCCCGUGUGGGUGAUGCUCAUGGUGAACUCACUCACGGAGACUGAUGUGCGCUCCCGAGGCGUGCCCGUGCUGGACCUCUACCUGGCCCAGCAGGCCGAGAAGAUGAGGAAGAGCACCGGGGCUGUGGAGCGGGUGGAGGAGCAGUGCCAUCCGCUCAACGGGCUCAACUUCUCCCAGGUGCUGUUUGCCCUGAACCAGACCCUGCUGCAGCACGAGAGCGUGCGGGCCGGGAGCCUGCAGGCGCCCUACACCACGGAGGACCUCAUCAAGCACUACAACUGCGGGGACCUCAACGCCGUCAUCUUCAACCAUGACACGUCCCAGCUGCCCAACUUUAUCAACACCACCCUCCCACCACACGAGCAGGUGACGGCCCAGGAGAUCGACAGCUACUUCCGCCAGGAGCUCAUCUACAAGAGGAAUGAGCGGAUGGGGAAGAGGGUCAUGGCGCUUCUGCAGGAGAACGAAGACAAGAUCUGCUUCUUCGCCUUCGGAGCAGGUCACUUUCUGGGGAACAACACCGUCAUCGACGUUCUCCGGCAAGCAGGGCUGGAAGUGGAGCACACGCCCGCGGGGCAGACCAUCCACAGCCUUGCCGCCCAGAGCCCAGUGCCCACUCUCGAGGGGACCUCUGCGAGCCCGGCCCCCGUGACCCCAGCCGCUGCCAUCCCCACAGCGCCCUCGGCGACCCCCACUGCCCCGCCCGAGGAGGAGGACCCAGCGCUGUCCCCGCAUCUCCUGCUCCCUGACAGCCUCAGCCAGCUGGAGGAGUUCGGGCGGCAGAAGAAGUGGCACAAGAGGCAGAAUAAACACCAGCGGCCGCGGCAGUUCAACGACCUCUGGGUCCGCCUCGAGGACAGCACCACGGCCUCGCCGCCCCCGCUGCCCCUGCAGCCCACGCCCAGCCCUGGGACCGCCAAGCCCCUCUUGCAGCUCUCCGACCAGCUCCAGCAGCAGGAAGAGCCGGGGCUCGCCAGCGCCUCUGCGCCCUGCCGCUUACGGCCCACCCUGGGCCUACUCCCGGCCAUGGCUGCCAGCAUCGCGGCGCCCCUCCUGCUGCACAGCCUCGGGCCCUCCUGACCUCGGCCACCCCGGGCGGAGAAGCCAGAGAAACCAUCAGAGGGUCUGCAGCCGCACCCCACUGCCCCUGCCACCACCUCCGGGGGUGCCUGACACCUCUCGGGCAGUCCAGACGGGAUCCGUUAGAAAACUAGAGCUUUAUUAUACCUGAGUUACAUCUUCUUUUUUGUAGAAGGAUCUUAAUUUCCCAUAGUGCUAUGGGGCUCUUUUGUAAAAUUUGUGUCCAUAUUAAAAAAGAAAAAUGUAUUUAUUCUACUGAUAAAA